CUCUCGAAUUGUGUUCUUGUAAACAAACGUCAAAAUCUUUUGCUUUUUCAGUUUGUUUCGUUUCAGAAGCGGAUGGGAUUGGAACUGAAAGUGCAGGACCAUGUUUUCGGUGAUGGGUCACCCGGGGGGGCCCGGAUGUUUACGAUAUUGUUAAGUGAAAAUCGAAUAAUAUUAUAAGGAACUGAAAGUUUUUCGUUCCAUUGGACAGCUGUGUGCAAAAGCAAUCACAGUAAUCAAUCUAAUCAAAUAGACAGCUUCCAGCGGUGCGUCGGACAGAACAGACAUGGUUGUGAGAAGGAAGAAUUGUCGGCUGUGCCUGGCUCCGGAAGAAGAGUGUGUUCCAAUUUUCUCCAACUAUGCCGCCGAUCGGCAACGUUUGGAUCAGAAAAUUUUCUCCUGCGUACGGAUCAAGGUCCUCCAAGAAGAUGACUUGUCACAAAAAAUUUGCCAUGCUUGUAUCAGCUACUUGAACUCCUGGCAGAGUUUCAAAAAUCGUUGUGAUGCAGCAGAGAAACGUCAAAGAAGUUGGACUGAAAUAGAUCGUGUCGCGAUAAGUUCCGCUGUCGAUCGCAAUGCCGUCAUCCAGCAUGUUAAAGAACUGUGCCCCGGAGUAACGAUUGAAAGCAUUUCCCAGAAGGUGCCUCCGCGUUUGACUGACACAGCCGAUAAAUCACGCACAAGCCAUGGCACGCUUCAGGAACAGCUGAAGGAGAAUGGUGUACAGAUCAGCAGCUCGUCAGCUAGCGGUAACUUGAAUCUAAUUAAAGAGGAACCUAAGGAGCAGGAAGAUGACAACGACGAGAGGGGUGUAGUGAUGGAAUUAGAUCCUUCACAGUUCUUGAUUCAGUCACAAAAUGAAGAAAACUACGACGACGAUUUUGACGAAGGUGAUAUAUCAGGUGGUCCACCUCUUCUGGAAUCGCUUGUACUACACCACAACAACAGUGAUGAUAUUGUAAAGCAUCCAUCCGACAAUGAAACAGGUGACGAUGUUGAUGGUAUGCAGCACCAAAUGGUAGCAGCUUGUUCCGUGUGCGAAAUGACUUUCUCGAAUCGAGCCAAUGCUCGCCGUCAUGAGCGUAAUAUACAUGGCCUAAAGCAGAAUCCAGUAAAUCCCUUAUCGGCACAGGUACCGCAAGUUACUUUGGAAUGUGUCGAAACUCGAGUACAUCCUAAAUCAAGCGACAAUACGCCAAUUAUUUCAACUUCAACCGGUAUCCCCAGUAUCGACUUGAAGGCCAAAUUCAGAAUGAAGCUCAAAUCGGAAAGGGAGACAUUUGAUUACAGUGAUCCGUCCAAAUAUCGCCACCUAGUAACCCCAAACAGGUUGGCAUUUAUAUUGCGAAAUUUGGAGUUUUUAGAACAAGCACAAGAAAUGAAGUGCAAAUGUUGUAACAAAAUUUACCCAUCCUACAAGUAUUUCAUGGGACACAUGCGCAAGAAGUAUCCAAAUUUGCCUCGGAAUGUGUGUUUUAAAUGUUUGCGACAGUUUGGCAGUAAAGGACAAUUCAUCGGUCACCUGAAACGUAAGAGCUGCAUCAACUUGUACGCGAUAGUAAUGGCCGAUGAGAGCGUUCCAAAGGCUGCUGCUAUGGCGUCAUCAGUCAACGAGGUUCCGGGAACUAAGGAGAUCAUCGCUAACAAAAGCUACGGAUGCAAACUGUGCAACAAAGAAUUUAAGCCGAAAAUUAAUCUUCGCCAACAUGUACAUGACGCACAUCCAGAAGUGCAGAACAGCAAGGAAAGGUCGGAACAAUCAUGUGCAUUCUGUUCGCAAGUAUUUGAAGACGCCAUUCUACGCCGAAAGCACUAUAAUAAUCUAGAGUGCAUCACGUUUAUCGUGUGCUGUUCUUGUGGCGAACGAUUUGAAGAGCACACUGCUUAUGUCGAUCACGUCUAUCAGCAUCAUUUGCCACCACAACAAACAGGGCAAGACGAAUACGGAUAUGAACUAUUUGAUCAGGAUGGAAAUUCAUCGUCUUCCCAUCUGCGCAAUCCUCAGAGUUGUCCCGUUUGCAAAAAGCAAUAUAAUAAUUACUACAAUGUAUUACGCCAUAUGGAGUCAAAGCAUCCCAAUCAAUUACCGCAAAUUUACCAGUGCUCUAAAUGCUCGGAAGGAUUUCCUAGGCAGUCUGAGCUCAGAGAUCAUCUUCAAACUGCUCACGGAGAAAACAUCAGUAAGCAACAGAAGCAGCUGCUGCCUACAACACAGUUUCCAUGUAAAGAUUGCGAGCAGAUAUUUCCAUCGCUUACUGAAUGGCUUGAGCACCAGAACGCCAAUCAUGCAAGAUUUAAUUGUCUCAACUGUGAUUUCAACAGUGAAAAUCGCGAGGCGUUCACCGUACACUGUUUUAUGGAGCACCGAAAUUUUAACACAAGCGCCACAAAAGUUCAGUUGUACUCCUGCAGACAGUGUACCAACACGUACAAUUCAAUAGAUAAUUUACAAGAGCACAUCGAAUCUCAACACAGCUCUGCGGUGAAUCAACCAAGCAAGGCAAAUGAUGGAAAUAAGCCAACACAUUUAUCGUUUGAGAAUGAUAGGGUUGAAGACAAGCCACCUGAAAAUAGGAUCAACCCACAUGUUCUCGUAAUAAAAACAAUCAAUUGCGGCCUAUGCGGAUUUGUUUUGACUGAUUUUGAAGCGCUUAGGCAGCACAUGAGCAAAAUCCACGGUAUGGAUAAAAAGUUCUACUACUGUAAUCAGUGCACAGCCAAAUUCAUGAACGACAAAGGCUUACGUGUACAUUUGUUCCGAGUUCAUGGUGUACGGGAUGAGUCGAUACCAACACCUGUAGUGAGCGCUGGGGCUUCUUUGCUGAAACCAAUUCAACAAUCAACGGCGGUUCAUCAGCAUACGAUUCCACUGGCAACGAUGAGUAGUGAUCCGGACACAAGUGAACCUGACUCUAAAGCUUCAGUGGAGUGCAGUGUAUGCCACAUCGUGUACAGGAAUAACGAACAGUUGAAAUCACACAUGCAAUCCGUUCACUGUACUUUAGAAAAAGGUCAAACUUCCGAUGAAAAUGUACAGCAGGACAGUUCAUCAAUGUACUCCGCCCAUCAACCGCAUCUUUGGUUUCAGUGCCGGUACUGUGCUGAAAGCUUCAACACUAGCAAAAGACUGACUAUACACAUGAACACUCAUGAAGAGCACGACAGAAGCGAUCACUCUUGUAAAGAUUGUGGCGGUAUCUAUAGUACCAAAAAAUCAUUGUGGGUUCACCGUUACAAGAAACAUCCGAAAAUUCCGGACGCUUCACCUUGUGAAUUAUGCCCACGAGUAUUCUUCGACAAAACGGAACUGUUCUAUCACACAUCUCAAGCUCAUGUUGGCGGCACCAGCUCGACAAAUGGUGGUUCAAAUGGAGAACAGUUUCAUGAAAUGCAGUGUGCCAGUGAUGCUCUCUUUUCAAUGUUGGACACCUCCAUUGUUAUGGAUAAUCGCAAGCCGGAUGAUACUGUUUAUCAAUGCGAUAUGUGCCCAAAAACCUUCCACAUCUUGAAUGCCCUUCAGGUACAUAGAGGCUGGCACUUCAGAUCACCGGAUGGAAGAAAAGUUCGAGAUCCAAACGAUAUAUGGCAGCCCGAUCAAUUGCCACCAAGCAAAGUGAAAAGAAUGUCUCAUACAAAUCGAACGCCGACGAACAUGGUGUCAGUUCCUGUAACCAGCGGUACUUCUGCAGAGAAACGAUUACCAACUUGUCCAUACUGCUACUCUACAUUUGCCAGUGGUAAUAAUUUGAAGCGACAUAUUGUAGAAGUACACAAACGGAAUGAGUCGAAAAAUUCGACUCCAGAAAAUUCCUCAAUAUCAUCUGAAGUUGUAUCCCCAUCGUUUAUUGAAAAGUUCCGAGAAUGUACGGCAUGUUCUAUGAAAUUCAACACGGUGUCAGAAUGGAUCGACCAUAAACUGAGCCACGCUCGAGUACAAAAGCCAUCGCAGACAUUUGAAUGGAAUUGUGAAAUUUGCGGUAAAGCAUUUACUAGAAAGGAGCGUUUACUGCAGCAUAUGGUUUCUCACCUUAACGCUAAAGAGCACGAUGAUGAUAAUUCUGAAGAGAUAGUAACCGAAGAUUCAAAGCACCAUGUACACGGUGCUACGAAUGCGGCAGGUAGCCAUGAGUCGCAACAAGUCACUUCGUCUGUUGAAAUAAAAACGGAAGAUGAUGAGGUUGAAGAUGCCGAUGGUGAUGACGAUAACGUUAUUGAAGCCGAAUUUAUUGAUAAUGAAGAUGAUGACGAGGAAGAGGACAAUCUGAACGAAAGCAGCGAUUCAAAUGACGAAGAUGAUUCAAAUAACGAAAUGGAAACCGAUGACAAAAAAAACAUUAAACAAUACUUUUGUGAGUUAUGUCAAGUUCCGUUCAACUCAGCGGAGUUACUUAGGCAGCACGUAUCAGAGCACUUCCUCAAUGGAGGAUUAGGAGGAAACGUUCAAUUCUCGCAUAGAACAUCAACAGAAUCCACUAGUUCCAGUAACAGUAGUAGUAGCAGCAGCAGUUCGUCUUGCAAGCAGCAAAGCAGCAGCGAUGCUGUUGAUUCAACAGAGAUUAAACAAGAACCGACUUGAUGAUGCAUUUUAUCACUUUAAUUUAUCUCGUAGCAAUGUAAACAUACUUAACUUAAUAAAUUGCCAUACAUGUACGAAAAACCAAGUAGUAACAUUAAAUCAACAUCAAUGCAAAUGUUUCAUUCAUUGCUCGCAUCUAGAAGUACAGCAUUUAGCAUCUCGAAGCCUAUUAACUAUUAGUAUUGGUCGCUACUGUAUUGUAUCCAAUAAAUAAUAAUACUAAAAUAUGUUAUUUUUACUGCAUGUUUUUUUUUUUGAUGACAUUCUUGCUAAGUUUCAGUACCAGUUAUCGAGAAUCAGCUGUCACAGAAGAACGCAAAUCGCUCCUCAAGCUAAUGGGCCAUCCAAAUUUAAAAAUAAUUUUUCAUACUUCUUCAUUUACUUGUUCAAUUUUUUAACACUAUAUUGUUAGGGGCCGUUCAUAAAAAACGGGGUGGGGGGGGGAGGGUCUGUGUUAGAGUAAAGACUAUUGUCAGUACAAACUUAUUUAUUUUAAUUCGACAUUGACAAUGUCAGAAUUAGCGCGCUGUGUAGAGUAUCAGGUAUAUUAUGCCUCUCAAGAAAAAUCAGAAUAUGGCGAUUAUCUGCCUCUGGCUUCUGAUAUAAUAAAAGAUAAGCGCGACAAUACAAUUGUUGGCCGACCCCGAUAUCUGGUCAAAUUACACGAUCGCAAAAGAAACACACGGAACACUUCUACGGAUCACAGAACAUUUAUUCGGUGUUUCUACAGAAACAGUUGACUUAUAACUAAAAGAAAUUGCAUUAUAAACAACAACACAAGCCUCGAUCUGUUAUGGUUCGUCAGCGGCAGUGCUGCCAGUAUUCAUUAAAAACAAGUUAUGAGGAGCGAUCACUGACUAUUCAACAACAAUACAGCGCGCCACUUUCGACAUUGUGUUUAACGCAAGGCAUAACCAGUGGAAGUAAAAUAAUAGAGAUAAGUGACAUUUCAACACACGAACAGAGUAGUGUGCGGUAGUUCGGCAGCAGCAAAGUUUAACGCGCUCGCUUUGCUAGAUUUUUGCGAUUUUUUUUUUCCUCUUCCCUCUGCAGGGCUCCGACGACGGGACGCCAAGCAGUCAGUAGUGUGCGGUAGUUCGGCAGCAGCAAAGUUUCGCGCGCUCGCUUUGCUAGAUUUUUGCGAUUUUUUUUUCCUCUUCCCUCUGCGGGGCUCCGACGACGGGACGCCAAGCAGUCAGUAGUGUGCGGUAGUUCGGCAGCAGCAAAGUUUCGCGCGCUCGCUUUGCUAGAUUUUUGCGAUUUUUUUUUCCUCUUCCCUCUGCGGGGCUCCGACGACGGGACGCCAAGCAGUCAGUAGUGUGCGGUAGUUCGGCAGCAGCAAAGUUUCGCGCGCUCGCUUUGCUAGAUUUUUGCGAUUUUCUUUCCCCUUCUCUCUGCGGGGCUCCGACGACGGGAUGCCAAGCAGUCAGUAGUGUGCGGUAGUUCGGCAGCAGCAAAGUUUCGCGCGCUCGCUUUGCUAGAUUUUUGCGAUUUUUUUUCCUCUUCCCUCUGCGGGGCUCCGACGACGGGACGCCAAGCAGUCAGUAGUGUGCGGUAAUUCGGCAGCAGCAAAGUUUCGCGCGCUCGCUUUGCUAGAUUUUUGCGAUUUUUUUUCCUCUUCCCUCUGCGGGGCUCCGACGACGGGACGCCAAGCAGUCAGUAGUGUGCGGUAGUUCGGCAGCAGCAAAGUUUCGCGCGCUCGCUUUGCUAGAUUUUUGCGAUUUUUUGUUUUAGUCCAAAUGAAAAUAAGUGGUUUGAUAUUAAUAGGGUUGCAUGAAUCACUCCACUUACCAAAGUGAACUCAUAUCAUGCGCCCUUUCCCCUCCCCACUAACAAAAAGUCCUUCCCAUGACAGACGUGGAGACGCAGAGGUGAUCUCGGUCUUUAGUAAGCAACGCACGUCAUAAUAACAUUCCUUUCCUUCCUCGAUGACCGUAAGGACGUGGCCGGCGCCGUUAUUGACCUAAUAAAGUUUGGAAUUCUCGAAGAUGCACAUUGAGGACGGUAAGCUACUCCCAAGCUCCGUCGGUUGGUUCCUUGUGCAACUUCGAUUGUUCUGGUCAAUCACGGAGUAGCAACUACGAAUAGUACGGUCAUCUAUGCUCAUGCUCAUGCUCAUGCUCAUAAGUGACAUUUCAACACACGAACACUAGCGCGAGUUUUUCCUAGAAAUCCUCUACAUAGAGAUAAGCGGAAGUUCUGCUGGAUAUGUUGAGGGAAAGGAUAGUUUGGUAAACGUUUUGAAUGAAGCAGGUUAGGGCAGUGAGAUACAUGAAGGACACACGGGAAACUAAAAUCAAUGUUAGAUAGAAGUAUUGACAUAUCGAUUGCACAGGUUGAUAGAUUUCUAAGGUUUAAAACUGAUCAUAGCAGUUGAAACAGAGAACAGAUACGCGACAUUAUGGUUGCAGGGCGCAUAUCGCCGGAGCGCUGAACGCGCGGGUAUUCAGCAAGAUCAUGCUGAGGAUGACGGUCCUGUCCCAAUGAGGACGUUACACUAAGAAGAGGAAGAACAAGAAGAAUAGUGGAAGAUUGAGUCUCUAUAAUUCUCAUUUCUGCUACCACGGCUCUCAUUGUGCUGAUAGUACCGGUUCUUAAGUAUGGUAGGGUUUGAUUUGUAAACUUCACUCAUUCUCUGCUUUCGGAGAUGAUAAUGCCGAGUAGAGUUGUUUAGAGUUCGAUCACGUUGGACAAGCAUGACGUAUACGUCUUCAGCCGAUGCCAUGCGUUUUAUCUGCUGUUCCAAAUGGAAAGGGAAAUGUGCAGAGAUGGUGUUGAUGAACUGCCGCUGUGGUAGUGGUGGUGAUAAAAAAGACACUCUGCGAUACAUGCCAGCGAAAUAUUUUCCCAUCUUUGAAAAUCGCCCUUUUUGUUGGUAGGAUCCAUAAUAAAACUGAUCUCGUACACGCCACUGAACGUCUGCACCCCAAAAUGUGCGUAAGAAUGACGACUUCAUGGACUCAUAGCUACGGUAUCGGCGACCAAAUAUUCUACCCCAAACCGCCGCGUCAUUUCUGAGGCUUGCCAGAAAAACGAAGCAUUUCUCUUCUUCGGAUAUCCAGUAAUUUCUCUCAUGCAUCGCCAGGAAGUUUUCCAAAUCCUCGACGAACUCAGGUGCUGGAUUACGAUAUACAUUACCAUCAAAGGUCGGUGGAUUGAUAAAAUUAUUCCAGGGAGAAUACUGCAUGUUGUAUCCACUAUGAUGUUGAUUAAAGCCAACCGAAGCAUCGACCAUCGAUGCAUAAGAUGCUUUGAUAUAAACCAUUUCACUUUUUCCAAUAAUGUGCACAAUGUGGGAUAUGAUCCCGGUUGAGCCCCCAAGCUGUCGAUAUGUCGAUUCGGCAACGCUGUUCAUUUUGUUUACAUCAGCAUUUUCUAAUUAUGGUAGAUUUUUUUUUCAAAAUUUUGAAAAAAAUAGCGGAGCAAUCGAUGAAAUCUGAAAUUUAUUGCAAAGUGUUAAGCUAAACAUAUCGGCAGAACUGAAGCAAGAAGCAGCAAUGAAAGUUUUUUCGAGAAGUGCAUCAACAAAAGUUUCGUCAUAAGCUUGAGCUUUUGAAAGCAGAAUUAAUUAAAUUCUAUUGGGCUUAAGGUUUCAGUGGAAUGAAAUGCUGAGUUUGUUUAAUUAACGAAAGAAACGGAACUUUAUUUAACUACGUCUGUACACUUCGAAUUCAGUUUUACUUUUGACAAAAUGGCGCUCCAUGCGCAAUGAUGCUGCUGUCACUAAAGACCCUCGAGAAAGAGGAUGCAGCAUAAAGAGGCCACCUAAAAAGAGGUGUAGCGUGGCAUGCUCGUUGUAUAUAUCAACAAAUUCUAUCUUUUUACUAAACUUACAUAUACCGUCAAUUUCUCGAUAUUAAAAAUAAAUAAUUUUAAUUUAUUUAGUUCGGAUUGCAAUACCGUUCAAUCGACGCCUUCUUACGAACGAUCAGCCUGUUCAUUUGGCUCACACUUUGACAGUUCUUUCUGCACGAUUGGCUUACAAUGGCCGCCUCCGCAGAUCUCUAUAAUGUAGGAUUACUAGUCAAUACGCACCCGUUCAAACGUCAAAUCCGUUAUGUCGUGUAUUGAUUGGUCUUAUGCGAUUUUUUUCUUUCCUUUUGCUCUGUGCUGUGGUUUGCAGGAGAGUAAAGAUAAAAUAGAAAUCAAUGUGCACGGAUCAUCGUAUUCAUGGUUGCCAAUGAUCAUGUUUCUGCCACUUGGCAAAAUGUACAACAAUUAUGAUUUUAUUUUGUGUGAUAUUAUAUAGUUUUGAUGAAGCUGCUAUCCCAGGUAACCACUAAGCACUGUUCUGAGCAUUAUAACGGCCAUUAAACAGCUUUUCAGUGCUAAGUAGCUCUAUAUAAGCAUUCCUAAUGCUUAUAGGCACUAUAACCAGUAAGAACUAAAUUAAGCCCUGUAAGCCUAUAUAAAGCCUACAAGCUGUAAAGAAGUUUGUCAGUGCUGUCACAGGGCUUGGAGCACAUGACGUUUAUAUCAAUCAAAAUAGAUUUCGACCAAAACAGACUCGAGUCGGUCAUUAUCAAUACAUUUUAAACAUCCAUGUCGGACGGGAUUGACGAAACGGGAUUAUUUUUGGCACAUUUAUCGGAAUGGUGUUGUUAAAUAGAUAAUGGAAUUUGGUUAUCUUGAUUAUUCCAUUUUUUUCAAUCAAGACAAACUCCAGCUCGUUUCCCUCUUCUUGUGAAACGUUUCCCGACCAUUUAUAUAAACAUUGCUUCUCCUGCAUCAAUUCCUGCGUUCGUUACCACCAACCUUACCACUGAAUCAUCCUCAUCCCAUAUCAUUUUCAACCCUCGAAAUGCCCAAACUAUUUUAUUUUUCAUGGUUUAAAUACUAGUUUGAUCACACCAUUCCCAUGGUGCAUUGGUGGAGCAGAUGAGAAAGGCAUCGGACUUGGACUUGAUCAGGAACUCGGAGGACAACAGUUAGAAUCUGGAUGAAGUAGCAAAAAAGCAACUUCAAUGGAAGCGAAGGAAGUUAGAAAAGAACAGGAGAUAAACAUUUUUUUUUUCUUUUUUCUUUGUCUCACUUUUGACAACUUUCGCUCCAGAGACUUGGUACGAUAUUUUAAAGUUGGCCGUAUAUCAGCCGAAUAAUUCGCCAAAAGUGGCUUUUGAGCAGCUCUAUAAGAGGAUAUAGAACCAAUUAGCUCUGUUAGCCAGGUUCUACAUUCGACUAUAGAGCCGACUUAAUGCCAUUUUUACGGCUUAAUGGUUACUUGGGAUAUUACAGAGAAAAACACUGCUUUGAGCUACCAUAGCACAGACAUCUGACUUACCGGAAGAGAUAUCAUUUUACAAGAUUGUUAUUGAACAACGAAAAUGGGAAACUGCAUUGAUUAAAACGAAAUUUAUGUAUCUGGUUUUCAUAAAGAGCAAGUGACUCAAGAUUUCAUAUGAACACAUAUUUCGUCUCGUAGAAAAAGGGAGAUGUGGUAUCCUAUAUGACUUGAUACUAAUAUACGCAAAUCUUGCUGAUUGCGUUAAUACUGACACGAAGUAAUUAGUAGAGAUUUAGAGUGUAGGUUUUGCUUAGCGAGUGAGAGAGACAACAUUGGAUCUGGUCGCGUUGCAAGACGCAAGAAUGUGUGGAUGGUGAAAACCUGGAGUCUUGUACACUGAACCCAAACAUCAUCCUUCAUUCGUAUUUUUCGUCAUCCGCCUCAUGUCUAAAAUUAAUAAUUCUAUUUCCAUAUGACAAAACCGAGCGUAUGCACUAUCACUGAAAUAGCGAAUCAAAAUCAUUCUUCAUGCUUACGUUUAUACUUCAGUUUUCGAGUGGUACUUCAUUCGAUACCUAGCCUGUACAGGUGCAACUGACUACCAUCCCAUGAAUGGAUGAACAGUAUUUUGGUUGCGCCCCUUUACGAUUGUCAUUCGCUUUCGGGAUGAUUCGUCAUCCGCGUUUGGAGUGAUUGACGGUCGAGUUCUCGGUAGCGGUAGAGGUCGAUGCUGAGUGCGCGAUCAUUUCUCCGCCAUUUGUAUUUUUACACGGAACAGACAUGUUCUGUAAAACAUGGAAUAGCAGAAAUCUCGGCAGAAAUUUUAUAUUUUGAGGAAACCCAACUCGAAGCUGUGCCGGACAGAGGAAUGGAAGCGGAGUUCGUACAUCAUUCAUUGGCCGUCAUCCAUCUUCCCAGUGAAUCAAUGGGACCGUGCCAAGCAGCAGCCGCGCCGUUUGUUCUUUUCCUGCCGAGCCAUAAGCAUGCAUAAUGCUGUACGCAGCAUGCCGCAAGCGGGAUUCCCUCUGAUUUGUUUUAAUGAAAGUAUGUAUAUUCAAUAUGUAAAAUCGGUUAAUAAAUACUGGAAAAUAAGAAAAAAAAAA